AUGAUGUCAGAAUGCGACCCGACGGAGAGCAGCUCCGAGCCCGCACCGGACACCGCGGCGACACCGGGACCCGUCCCGGAGCCCAGCCUCCCCUCCGCGGACCCUCCCAUGGCGCUGUUCGACAGGAACCGGACAGGCUUGGGGAUAAGCCCCGGACUCGCCGUUCGUAUCUCGGGCUCUUGUGAGAGCGUCCUGACCGAGCUGGAGACGGACGGCUCCGGGGAAGAGGCGCUGCUGCUGCCGUGCUUAGCGGGAAGCUCGGCGUCUCCCCGGGGAUCCCGAGAGAAGCGCAGCCGGCGGAACCGGCACAGCUCCUCCUCGGAUAAGGACAACCUGGCCUCCCCAGGUACCAACAGUGGGGACUUCAACCAUUUCCCCGAAGACCCCGAGUUCGCAGACAUCAUCCAAAGGGCGGAGCACGCCAUCGAGAGCGGCGUCUUUCCAGAGAGGAUCUCCCAGGGAUCCAGCGGGAGCUACUUCGUCAAAGACACGAAAGGGAAAAUUAUUGGAGUUUUCAAACCAAAGUCAGAGGAGCCGUACGGUCACCUGAACCCGAAGUGGACCAAAUACUUUCACAAGCUGUGCUGCCCGUGUUGUUUCGGCCGAGGCUGCUUGCUACCGAACCAGGGCUACCUGUCGGAGGCCGCCGCCUCCCUGGUCGACACCAAGCUCGGCCUUGGAGUGGUUCCCAAAACCAAGGUGGUGUUCUUGGCCAGCGAGACGUUCCACUACAACGCCAUCGACAGAGCAAAGUCCAGGGGGAAGAAGUACGCCUUAGAGAAAGUCCCCAAAGUGGGCCGACGUUUCCACAGAGUGGGCCUGCCCCCCAAGGUGGGCUCCUUCCAGCUGUUUGUGGAGGGCUACCGCGAAGCCGACUACUGGCUGCGGCGCUUUGAAGCCGAGCCGCUGCCGGAGAACAUCAGGAAGCAGCUGCAGUCGCAGUUCGAGCGGCUGGUGGUGCUGGACUACGUGAUCCGAAACACAGACCGAGGGAACGACAACUGGUUGAUCAAGUACGAGAAGCCAGGAGAUGGAGGAGGAGGAGGAGGUGGAGAAAAGGAUGCAGAGUGGCCAGAGAGCUGCCCCGACUCCUGCAUCAAGAUCGCAGCCAUCGACAACGGCCUGGCCUUCCCCUUCAAACACCCGGACGAAUGGAGAGCCUACCCGUUCCACUGGGCCUGGCUCCCUCAGGCCAAGGUGGCCUUCUCCCAGGAGACCAGAGACCUGGUGCUGUCCCGCCUCUCGGACAUGAACUUCGUCCAGGACCUCUGCGAGGACCUCUACGAGAUGUUCAAGACAGAUAAAGGCUUCGACAAAACAAUGUUUGAGAGACAGAUGUCAGUUAUGAGAGGACAGGUGUUGAACCUGACCCAGGCGCUGAAGGACGGGAAGAGCCCCAUCCAGCUGGUGCAGAUGCCGCGGGUGGUGGUGGAGCGCAGCCGCUCGGGCGGGCAGGGCCGCGUGGUCACGCUGGGGAACGCCUUCACGCAGACCUUCCACUGCAAGCGGCCCUUUUUCUCCUCCUGGUAGCCGACGGAGGCUCGGCGGAGAGCGUAGGAAGCUCGGCUUCAGCCCCGCAGUGAGGGAGAAGAUGAGAUUAUCAGGAGGAGCUGUCGACGUUUUGUCCCUCGCAGGGGAAGGAAUAAAGAGGGCGACGUGGAUGAAGCCGUUUCUGUGGCGUUGCGGAUGAUCGGAGGUUUUUGUGGCGAGCGCGGGGAAGCGUGGGAGCCGGAGAGAUUAGCAUAGCACCGUCUCUGACUGAGACCUCGCGGCGGUUUGUGCUCACCACGGUGACUCGAUUGGAUAAUCGGCUUUUCCACAGAGGUGAGCUUUGUUUAUUGUUAGGAAGCAGAUUUUUUUUCUUCUUCUUUUUCCACACACAGGUCUGGUUGUGAGGUCUGUCAGUGCAGUCAUGGCCAAAGAGGAGCCACAGAUACCAGAAGGGUGUGGAAAUCUCUACACAAAGUGUUUCUCUCUCGCUCUCGGAUGAGAUUAUCCCUCAGCUGGGAUGAAGUCAAAAAAUAUUUGCUUUGCCUUGCAGGAUUACUUAUUGAAAUGUAGAUGUGCACUUUCACUGCAGGAAGUGUUUUUUUUUUUUUCUUCUUUUCCAUCCAACUGGGUCAAACCACGUGUAUCCAACAACAGUGUCUUCAACUGCGUACUGCCAAAAUCUGCUUCGAGGGAGAUCCACCGAAACUUGAAUCUGGAAGAGGAGGAACAGGAAUUUAAAGCGUUGCUUGAAUGUAAAUCUGUUUACGGUUUUUACACAGAUUCUCACUCCGAAACAUUUCAUUUACGACAGACUGCUGUCGGAAAGAGACUUCUCGUCACGAUGAAUGUAUUUGUCGUUUGUAUUUAAUUGCUCUUGAACCUCAUGGCAUGAGGGACGGUGACUUCCCUUUAUAUUACACAAUGUGAAAGAAUAAAAAAAAAACAAAAAAAAAAAACUUGAUUGAGGACAAUGUUUAACUUUGCUCGACGCCGUUGUGUUUUCUUAUCUUAUGUA